AUGCCGACCAGAAAUUUGUUUGUAGCGCUUCUGAGCGUAGCAUCAGUCGUCACUGCGGCUCCCGUUGGUAAUGGUCUACCAGUGGUGGGAUCAGCUUUUGGUGUGCCAGGCCAGAACUACACCUUUGACUAUGUCAUUGUUGGUGGAGGCAACGCUGGAUUGACCGUCGCCUACAGACUUGCUCAGAACUCUGCACUCAACAUCGCCGUGGUUGAGGCGGGAACCUUCUACGAGACGACCAAUGGCAACCUUAGUCAGAUUCCUCAGAGCGAUUUGUACUACGCGGGCAAGGCUGUGAAUGACUGGCAGCCUGGGAUCGAUUGGGGUUUCGUCACGACCCCCCAGACAGGAGCUCAGAAUGCCAGAAUUCACUAUCCUCGAGGGAAAUGUUUUGGCGGGAGCUCUGCGCGCAACUACAUGACUUAUCAUGCCUCGACAGCAGAUUCCUAUCAACGAUGGGCAGACUAUGUCGGCGACCAGAGUUACACGUUCGACAACUUCUACCCCUUCUUCAAAAAGAGCCAGAACUUCACUCCACCAGACAGUCGACGUAUUGCGAACUCAACUCCACAGUACGUCGCCUCUCAGCUCGGCACAAGUGGGCCCCUGUCCGUCAUCUUCCCUGCGUGGGCUGGCGCCUUUGGAACGUUUGUCGUGAAAGGCUUGUCUGCCAUUGGCAUCAAUCCCAUUCAGGGGUUCGAAAGUGGAAAAUUGAUCGGCUCGUCGUAUGCGCUGGCUACAAUCGACUACACGACCAACUUCCGAGACUCCUCUGAGGUCGCUUUUCUGCAGCCUGCAAUCGCACAGUCGAUCUCGAGACCCAGUCCGAAUCUUAUCGUCUUCCCAAACACCCUUGGCAAGAAGAUCAUUUUCAACUCCGCCAAGAAAGCUACUGGUGUGCAGGUCAACACUGAUGGCCUUACAUAUACUCUUAGCGUGAGCAAAGAGGUCAUUGUGUCUGCUGGGGCUUUCCAGUCUCCACAGCUGCUUAUGGUCUCUGGCAUCGGUCCCGCCGCUACUCUUCAACAGCAUGGUAUUCCAGUGCUAGCUAACCGUCCUGGUGUUGGUCAGAAUAUGACCGACCAUAUCCUCUUCGGUCAAACCUACCGUGUCAAUGUCAUUACCGGUUCUUAUUUAUCGCAAGGAAACAAUAUGGCCACUGCCGUACAGCAAUUCCAUCAAGGAUAUGGCCAAUUGACGAACCCUAACGUCGACUACUUCGGCUGGGAGAAAUUGCCCCGAAACUCGACCAACUUCAACAACGCCACCAUCAAGGCUCUCAACUCUUUCCCCGCCGACUGGCCAGACAUAGAAAUCAUAGCGCCGGGGGGCUACUUUGGAUAUUCACAGAACUACAUCACCGACAACCCUACCGAUAGUUACAAUUAUGCAUCCCUGGUGGCUGGGCUGGUCGCCCCCCUUUCCAGGGGUUGGGUGAACAUCUCCUCGGCCGACACCGCAGACGCCCCUCUCAUCAAUCCCAACUGGCUCGUAGACCCAGUCGACCAAGCCGCCGCCAUCGCCGCCUUCAAACGCACCCGAGCAAUCUGGCAAUCCAGUCCAAUGAAGCCCCUAUUAAUCGGCCCAGAAUACUUCCCCGGCUCUGCGGUCUCAACCGAUGCCCAGAUUCUGGACUUCAUCCAGAAGAGCUUCAGCACCAUCUUCCACGCUGCCGUGACGUGCCGCAUGGGUCGUGCGAAUGAUCCGAAUGCUGUGGUCGACCCCCAAGCUCGGGUCAUUGGCGUGACUGGUGUGCGGGUUGUGGAUGCUUCGUCUUUUGCUCUUCUGCCUCCUGGACAUCCUAUGUCUACUGUUUAUGCGUUGGCUGAGAAGAUCUCUGCUUCCAUCCUUGCGGGCAACUAG